CAAUUUUACCACUCACAUUCACAAUGGCGGAUCUUCCGGUGUACGAUGGAGCGAUCGGUAUCGAUCUUGGCACCACCUACUCUUGCGUUGCCAACUACGAGGGCACCAAUGUCGAGAUCAUUGCCAACGACCAGGGUAGCUACACCACCCCCUCUUUCGUCUCCUUCACUGAGAAGGAGCGUUUGAUCGGUGAGGCCGCCAAGAACCAGGCUGCCAUGAACCCGAAGAACACCAUCUUCGACAUCAAGCGUCUGAUUGGUCGUCGUUUUGAUGACCCCAUUGUAAAGAAGGAUGUUGAGUCCUGGCCCUUCAAGGUCGUCGAGCAGGGUAACAGCCAGCCUGCCGUCGAGGUUGAGUACCUCGGUGAGACCAAGACCUUCACUCCCCAGGAGAUCUCCUCCAUGGUCCUCAUGAAGAUGAAGGAAAUUGCUGAGACCAAGCUCGGCAAGACCGUUGAGAAGGCUGUCAUUACUGUGCCUGCUUACUUCAAUGACAACCAGCGUCAGUCUACCAAGGAUGCCGGUGCCAUCGCUGGCCUGAACGUCCUCCGUAUCAUUAACGAGCCUACUGCCGCUGCUAUUGCUUACGGUCUUGGCGCUGGUAAGUCCGAGAAGGAGCGUAACGUUCUUAUCUACGAUUUGGGUGGUGGUACCUUCGAUGUUUCCCUGCUGAACAUCCAGGGUGGUGUUUUCACCGUCAAGGCCACUGCUGGUGACACUCACCUUGGUGGUCAGGACUUCGACACCAACCUGCUUGACCACUUCAAGAAGGAGUUCCAGCGUAAGAGCGGCAAGGACCUCUCCGGUGAUGCCCGCGCUCUCCGCCGUCUGCGCACUGCUUGCGAGCGUGCUAAGCGUACUCUGUCCAACGCCACUCAGACAACCGUUGAGAUUGAUUCUCUCUUCGAUGGUGAGGACUUCAACUCCUCCAUCACCCGUGCUCGUUUCGAGGACCUGAAUGCUAAGUCCUUCAACGGUACUCUGGACCCCGUCCAGCAGGUCAUUAAGGACUCUGGUGUUGAGAAGAGCAAGGUCGAUGAGAUCGUCCUUGUUGGUGGAUCCACCCGUAUUCCCCGUAUCCAGAAGCUCCUGAGCGACUUCUUUGACGGCAAGAAGCUUGAGAAGAGCAUCAACCCCGAUGAGGCUGUUGCCUACGGUGCCGCCGUCCAGGCUGGUAUCCUCUCCGGCAAGGCUACCUCUGCCGAGACCGCUGAUCUCCUGCUCCUUGACGUUGUCCCUCUCUCCCUGGGUGUCGCCAUGGAGGGCAACAUCUUUGCCCAGGUUGUUCCCCGCGGUACCACUGUCCCCACCAUCAAGAAGCGCACUUUCACUACUGUCCAGGACCAGCAAAGCCAAGUGCAGUUCCCCGUUUACCAGGGUGAGCGUACCAACUGUGCUGACAACACCUCUCUGGGCGAGUUCACCCUUGCUCCUAUCCCUCCCAUGCGCGCCGGUGAGGCCGCUUUGGAGUGUGUUUUCGAGGUCGAUGUCAACGGUAUCUUGAAGGUUACCGCCACUGAGAAGACUUCCGGCCGCAGCGCCAACAUCACUAUCUCCAACGCUGUCGGCAAGCUUUCCAGCGCCGAUAUUGAGCAGAUGAUUGAUGACGCCGCCAAGUUCAAGACCAGCGACGAGGCCUUCACCAAGAAGUUCGAGUCCCGCCAGCAGCUCGAGUCCUACAUUUCCCGUGUUGAGGAGAUCGUUUCCGAUCCCGGCAUGUCCCUUAAACUCAAGCGCGGCAACAAGGAGAAGAUCGAAUCUGCUCUCAGCGACGCCAUGGCCCAGCUCGAGAUCGAGGACUCCACUCCCGAGGACCUCAAGAAGAAGGAGCUUGCUCUCAAGCGCCUGAUCACCAAGGCCAUGUCCACCCGCUAA